UCCAUUGUUCCAGAAUAGGUGAAUACUUUCUCUCUUGAAAGUCCAACGACAGAAGGAAAAUGUAGCGUUGUUAAGAGUUGUUUUGAGUUACUUGGAAAAGGUGGGGUCCGAAAUUAGUUAGCUCAGGAUAGAAGAGUUGAAAAUCUGGAAGCUCUACCAAAACAAUUAACCAACAUCACCUCAUCCAGCCGAAUUGGUUCUUCCGCCCCAAGACCUGCUUUGCUUCAUCAACAUCGACGACGAACGACGACUCCCGCAGACUCGAUGGCAGACCAAUCCUCCAAAGACGAAGCUGCCAAAGCUCGAAUCAUCAAGCACAUGAACGCAGACCAUGCCGACUCCGUCUCCUACUACCUCCAACAUUACUGCUCCCUCUCCCCUCGCGCCGCGCGAGGAGCUGCCCUCUCCGAUAUCUCCCUCUCUGCCAUGACUGUGCGCACUGUAGACAACAAGACGCACACGAUCCCAUUCACUCCUCCUAUGACCUCCUGGGCAGAGGCACGCACGAGAACCGUGGACAUGGACCGCGAGUCACGAUCCGCUCUCGAUGUCUCAUCGAUUCGAAUCACAUCCUACGAGCCGCCCCGAAAACGAUUCCAUAUCUUCGUGUUUGGUAUCUGCCUGUUCACCUUCGGCGUAUUUGCUAUGAGGAACAAGAUCGUGCCUGGGACGUGGUUCUACGAUGUGCCGCUGCGAUACUGGCCUGGUGGACCAGAAGUGUUUGUGUGGAUUGCGAGAACCAUUGCACUACCAGUUGUUGCUAUACACUUGGGCGAGGCGUAUAUGAUGGAUACUACAAGGCUUAGGAAACAUGGAGUGGAGAGAGGGACAUCGUUGUGGUGGAUGUGGGUUGUGAGCUGUUUUAUUGAGGGGUACGGAUGCCAUCAGAGGAUUGAUGCGGCAGUCAAGAAGAAGACAAAGGAGGCAGAGCAGGCGAAGCAUUGAGGUGUUUGGAACAUGGCUCCGAAUGUGAUUGCAUUGUUCGAGGAUUUCUCAAUCAGACAUAAUUUUCACUGUCAGUUUGACUCCUGGCAGGACAAGUGCACUCCUGCCUACACAUCUACUCGAUGUCCCUUCUUUUGUUCCAACUUUGCCUCUUGAAAAGUCGUCCCGUUUGUCAGGACAUUCACUCUAUUUUGUCCACGCUUUGGCUACUCUGUAUUGGACUAUAUAUUGGUGCUGUCAUCGAGGACACUACAUCUGAGGGCAAGCUGUCCGAGAAUAGGGGAGUCUACAAGAUGCAGCUUUCUUUUGGCAUAUCCAUCAAACUGAUACUGCUAUCUGUUGCUUUCCUUCUUUCUUUGAAUUUAUUGUUUUAGCGCGAGAAC